CACAGGCGUGGAGUGAGGGCGCCGGUUGUUGCACUCGCACGCUCGUGGCAACUGCGUGAGCAGGUUACUUGAGAGCUUCGCCAUCCCCAUCUCCUCCCCUUCGGCCCCGGGAACUGAGCACUCGGGGCGGCAGGGGCGGGGCCGCCGGAAGUGUGCCCGCGCCGGUCCUGCCUUUUCCCGCGGUCCGCUGCUCGGGCGGCGCCCGCGCCCGCUCAGGGGCACCAGGCGGACGUAAUGGAAUAGUUUGCCUCCACUGGCCCAACCCAUGCCUUCUCUCCCCUGGGCACAGGAAGCAUAUACAGAAUACCUAAGGAGCAUCCACUACAUCGCCCAGGUACUGCUGGAAGAAGUGGAAACCACCAAAGAAGCUGGGGAAACUGUGUCCCUGGACACCUCGAAGAUGCUGAAACUGGCUGAGCAGUGCCUGGAGAGGGCCCACUCAACAGCUGCCAAGCUUGGGAAAACACGCCUGAAGCCAGCCAUGCCUGUGGCUGCUCCUGUCCCCUCACCUACCACCCGACAUCGCCGGGUGUACUCAGAUGAGGGGGGGAAGCUCUCUCCAUUUCUGCCGCCUGAGAUCUUCCAGAAGCUUCAGGUGGUAGAGUCGCAAAGCUCUAAGAAAGAGCUGACACCCCUGGAGGAGGCCUCCCUGCAGAACCAGAAAUUGAAGGCUGCAUAUGAGGCUCGGAUGGCCCGUCUGGACCCCAGCCAGGCCCUGCAGAAGACAUCCCUGACCCUGUCUCUGCAGCGGCAGAUGAUGGAGAACCUGGUGAUUGCCAAAGCCCGGGAGGAGACACUGCAGAGGAAGAUGGAGGAGCGCCGGCUUCGACUCCAGGAGGCCGCCAACAGGAGGUUCUGCAGUCAGGUCGCCCUGACCCCGGAGGAGCGGGAGCAGCGGGCCCUUUAUGCCGCCAUCCUUGAGUACGAGCAGGACCACGACUGGCCAAAGCACUGGAGGGCCAAGCUCAAGAGGAGCCCAGGGGACCUGUCAUUGGUGACCAGCCUGGUCUCCCACCUGCUCAGCAUCCCGGACCACCCCAUCUCGAAGCUCCUGAAGAAGCUCCAGUGCGCUGUGUACCGCGCGCUGUACCCGGUGGUGAGCCAGGCCGCCGUGGGCGCUGCCUUGGCCCCGGGCUGCUGCACCCUGCCUGCGGACACCGACGGGCUGCUGGCCCCUGGAAGCCGGCGGCUUCGGCCUUCGCAGAGCCUCUACUGCAUGCUCUCCCCUCCAGAGCCAGGCCCGGCCCCGCAGCCCCCUGACAGCACCCCCGCCAGUCCUCCCACGCCCCUGCCCCACCCUGGCCCCCCCGACAGAGGGGCGGACAGCACCCCUGCAGGGCUGCCCUCACCCCUGGCAGACAUCUCAUCCCACCUGCCAUGCAAGGACAGCUCCUUCGAAGACCUGGAACAGUUUCUGGCUAAUUCUGAGAGGUGGGGCCAGGGCCCUGGGGGGUGGCCGGAGCCCCAGACCCCCGGGGUGAAGGAGCCAUUGCUGGAGCAGCUGAAGAGCACUGUGAAGGACAUCCACGAAGCCGUUGACAGGCUACUCUCGCUGACGCUCCUGGCUUUUGAAGGCCUGAACAUGGCCGCCUCCAAGGACCGCUGCCUGGCCUGCAUCGAGGAGUACUUCUUCUCCCCGCUGUGGCCCCUGCUGCUGACCUUCUACAGGAGCGUGCACCGCCCCCGGGAGGCUGCCCUGAGCAGGAGCAUGGAGCUCUACAGGAAUGCGCCCCCAGCAGCCGUAGGCAUCCCCGCCAAGCUCCUCCCUCGGGACCCUGAGGCCAUGGGAGCUGGUGCCUACCCCUACUGCACAGCAGCCCAGGAGCUGGGUCUGCUGGUUCUGGAGAGCUGCCCCCAGAAGAAGCUGGAAUGCGUUGUGAGGGCCCUGCGGGUCAUCUGUGCCUGUGCAGAGGAUUACUACCGGGCCCAGGAGGCUGGACUCCAGGCUGGACCCCAGCCCGGCACCACUGUCAUUGGUGCCGAUGACCUGCUGCCCAUUCUGUCUUUCGUGGUGCUGAGAAGCGGCCUCCCGCAGCUGGUGUCGGAGUGUGCAGCCCUGGAGGAGUUCAUUCACGAGGGGUACCUGAUUGGAGAGGAGGGCUACUGCCUGACGUCACUGCAGAGUGCCUUGAGCUUCGUGGAGCUGCUGCCCCGGGGGGCUCUGGGAUGGCGCUGAGCUGAGUCAGCUCCCAGGAACCGGGCCCUUUUCUCCCCUGACCCAGUCUCUGAGAGGCCCCGUGCAGGGACACUGGAGCUGCGGACUCCCCUGGACAUGCUCACCCCUGAUGUCUCAGCCCACUGACGCCCCACGGGCCCCGCCAACCCCAGGGCAGAGAAGGGCCGUGGGCCUGGCUGAGGACGGGUCUAGCUUCUCUCCCUUCCUGUCCCCUGAGAAGGCAGUCAGAACUCCCUGAGCCAGUCUCCUGUCAGAGUCAGGAAGAGAGCCUGUCAUCACCCCCGCCCCGCGGCCUGGGGCCCAAGUGGUUUGAGACUGUGCUGUUUAUUUAUUGGGCAUUGACCACUCCACUCUCCCCUGGAGGCCCAGGUGUCCCUGGGGCAACCAUACAUCCCUGGGGUCUCGGAGCCAUCCUACCCUUGGCACUGGGCGUUAGACAUCCCAAGACCCCUGGCCAGUUCCCACCUCCACACAUCUCCUUCCAGGUGGGUGUGAGCCCAAGGGUCAGCGCCUGCCAGCAGCCCACUAUCCGUUAUGUUACAUGCCCCUGGGCCGCCAUUGACCCAGCCAAAAAUAAAGAGGUCACUGAUGUAUCACUCCGCGUAGCUGGCUUGCUCCCCAGCCCACUGGCCGGGCGGAGGCCAGGCAGCACAGCCAACCCCUCUGCUGAUCAGGAAGAGCCAGGCUGUCCCAGAGACUACUGAGGCCCACCACCAAACCAAGCCUGCCCCCACAGAUCCUCUCUGCAGAAAGGUGAUCCUCCUGGGGCUGCACCCUCUAGGACAAGACACACUGCAGGGCCUAGUGGGGUGGGCAGGGCCAGGGUCAGAGGUCGUCACUGGGCACUUGAGCCUGGAGUACUUGGUCUGAGGGCUUUGAGGAAUCCUUUCCAUUCUACAGGUGGGGAACACGCAGGUGCCCUGAGUGCUGGUACAUGGGACCCCUGGAGAGGGAAAGGCGGCCCAGCCCCAGCCGUGGCACCAUCCGCCUGGGAAGGAGGGACCCCCAGCAACCUGGGUCACCACAGAGGCAGGCGGCUUGGGCCCAGCCACACCAGAGGCUGGUUGUGGGAGCAGUGUUUGAGGUCCUCGGAGAAAGGCUCUUACAGAACAGCCACAGUUGGUGUUUACUGGGCACCGUGCCAGGCGGUGUACCAAGCCGAUUUACCCCUCACAAGAAGCCCGUGAGGAAACUGAGGCACAGGAGGUGAAGUGCCUUCUUCAGGCCACAUCUUAUGGUGAUGCAGCUGGGUCUGAGCCCAUCAGGCCAACUCCAGAGGUCAGUGGGUAUCUGAGGCCGUGACCCCAAGGGCAGGCGUUAGGCCCGGUGGGCUGGGGCAGCUGUCCUGUCAGAAGCCUUUGUGGGCUGGGCUCCCCUGCCCAGCAGCGCCCACCCACUCACCUGCCCUGCCCUUGAAGCUCUGAGUCCCUGCACCCAACCCCACCCCUGUCUCCUCAUCCUGCCCUCUCCAGAGGAAGCCCCCUGGCCCUGUCCUCAGCCCCCCUGGCAUUCUGCUUGUGCUUUUGUGAGCAUGGAGUUCUGAGUUCCCCAGACCUGGUGUGAAUCCUAGCUAGCCCAGAGCCUGGGGAGGAGGGGGAUGUCCCUGCUCCAGGCCUGACAUUGACGGCUAGAGGAUGGGAUUUUAAAGCCCCCUUUCGUAGAGCUUGUGGAGGAUGAAGUGUGUCUGUGAAGCUAAGUCUGAUAGUGGGAGCACCGGUUCGCUCUGCACGAGGGGCCACACCGCGGGCUGAGCUGUCUCCUUGGCACCCUGCUCAAGACACUGAGAUCAGACAGGCUUGUGCUCAGGCUGCUUCCGGCUGUGUGGCUUUGGGCCAGUUCUUUAGCCUCUCUGAGCCUGUGUCUCCUCCAUACAACAGGGAUGAAUAAUUGAUUCUUCACAUUGGAAAUCCUGCAAGUCAACAAGAAAAAGGCAGGAGCCCCAAUUAGAAAAAUAGCAAAGGCUAUGAACAAACUAUCUACAGAAGAGGAAAUUUAAAAAGCUAAUCGGGGGGGCUGGCCCGGUGGCACAAGCAGUUAAGUGCGCGCGCUCCGCUGCACUGGCCCGGGCUUCACCGGUUCAGAUCCCGUGCGCACACUGAUGCACUGCUUGUCAAGCCAUGCUGUGGCGGCGUCUCAUAUAAAGUGGAGGAAGAUGGGCAUGGAUGUUAGCCCAGGGCCAGUCUUCCUCAGCAAAAAGAGGAGGAUUGGCAGAUGUUAGCUCAGGGUCGAUCUUCCUCACAAAAAUAAAAAGCUAAUCCACAUAAGAAGAGGUGUUCACAGUCACAAAAAAAUCAAGAAAUGCACAUGAGAACAGUAACAAGAUCAGACUUCAUAGGCAAUGGACUAGUGGAAACUAGAAAGCCAGACAAUACAGAGCGUGGCAGUAUGUGGUAGAUGGGAACCACUUGCACAGUGUGGCGUGGACUGGGCAGUGGAUUCAGACAGCCAGCUGCAGGCCUGGGCCAAGGUACACAUCAAUUGAUCCUCUGACCUUGCGACUCUGCUUCUGGUUGUAGCCCAAAAUGAUAGAAGGACGUGUACACAGACAGAGUUGAGGCAAUGUAGCAUCCACCUCAGCAGAUGGGAGAGGAGAAUGUGGUAAAAGCACGUGGUCCCAGGUGUCUACUGCUGCAUGACUGACCACCCUGACUCACUGGCUUAAACACACAGCAGUCAUUCACUUUGCUCGAGGGUCUUCCAUUUGGGCAGGUUCAAUGGGAACAGCUUGUCUCUGACCCCCCAGCAUCAGCUAGGUCAGCCUCCAGUUUUGGCUGACCCAAUGUCCAGGGCUUGAAAUCAUCUGGAGAUUUGUCCACAGGUCUGUGGUGGAUGCGUGUCAGCCAGGACUUCAGUCGGGGCUGUCAGAACAACUGUGUGAGGCCUGCGUUAGUUUCCUGUGGCUGCUGUGACAGAAUACCACAAACUGGAUGGCUUAAAAUAACAGAAAUUUACAAAAACAAAAAGAAAUUUACUCUCUCAAAGUUAUUUGAGAGCAUGCCAGAACUUUGAAAUCAAGGUGUCGAUAGGGCUGUGCUCCCUCAAAGUGCUAGCGUUGAAUCCUUUGCCUUCUGGUGGCUCCUGCAGUCCUUGGCUUGUAGCCACAUCACUCUAGUCUCUGCCUCUGUCAUCAUGUGCCUUCUCCCCCAUGCGUCUGUGUCUAAACUUCCCUCUUCUUUUUUUUUUUAAUAAUUUUAUUUAUUUAUUUCCCCCAAAGCCCCAGUAGAUAGUUGUGUGUCAUAGCUGCACGUCCUUCUAGUUGCUGUAUGUGGGAUGCGGCCUCAGCCUGGCCGGAGAAGCAGUGAGUUGGUACAUGCCCGGGAUCCAAACCCGGGCCACCAGCAGCGGAGUGUGCGCGCUUAACCACUAAGCCAUGGGGCCAGCCCAUAAACUUCCCUCUUCUUAUAAGGACACCAGUCAUAUUGGAGUUGGGCACAUCCUAAUCCAGUGUGACCUCAUCUUAACUUGAUUAUACCUGCAAAGACCCUAUUUCCAAAUAAGCUCACCUUCCCAGGUUCUAGGUGGACAUGAAUUUUGGGGGACAUUAUUAUAAUCAGCCUAGUACAAGGCCUUUCCGUGUGGCUGCCAGCUUCCUCACAGUGUAGUGGCUAGGUUCCUAGAGUGAGCAUCUCAAGACAACAUGGCUUUUUUUUUUUCUUUUGCUGAGGAAGAUUGUCCCUGAGCUACCAUCCAUUGCCAAUCUUCCUCUUUUUGUUUUUCUAUGUGAGCCACCACCAUAGCAUGGCUGCUAACAGAUGAGCGAUGUAGGUCCGUACCGGGAACCGAACCCAGUCCGCCGAAGUGGAGCAUGCUCAACUUAACUAUUAGGCCGCCGGGGCUGGCCCGAGACAACAAGGCAUUUUAUGACAGGUGGAGGCAGGUGCAAAGACCUGCACAGGUUCAAGUGUCACACUGAGGAAGAGCCACACUCCCUGGAGCAGCACACAACAGUUAAGAGCAAUUGCCUGGGGUCACACACAGCCACAGAGAUGCAUGUCAAACAGUGCUGAGUGCAGAAGCAAAGAAGCAAGAGUGAGGUGCAGAGCAGAACACGGUCCACACAGGGCUGAAAAUGAACGUGCAUCAUCCUGUGCACUCUACUAGGAUGUGUACGGAGGGUGCACAUCCACCGCUUUAAUGGAGGGGGCUGUGGUUGUGGCUGAAGGCCGUUUGACAAAUCGGCAGAAGCGUUGCAUCCAUCCGAGAUCACGAUUAACUCAGUCAUGAACUGCAGCGGGGUUUGCUCAGCCCUUUCGCGCAAGCAGAAGAUGUGCUGAAGGUGUAAGAGGUUAACUGUCCCCUUAGGGUUGGCGUGGCCCGGGGUUGGGUUCAGUAAACCGCAAGAGAAGGACUUCCACAUUCAGUGGUGGCCGGCAAGAUGACGGGGAAAUCCCGCUUGGCUCCGUGGAAAUUAAUAAAAGAAACCUUAACUAAACUGGAUCAGGAAGGCCUGUAGUGGGAGGUGUCAGGUCCCAUCACACAUCGUCAAAGUCACCAAACCGGAAGAGACAGACUUGCAUCUCAGACAGAAAGUAUAACUAAUGUACUACUGAAGGAAGAUUUCUCUCUGGACCCAGCAACAGCCCACCCAAGGAGAAGUGCUGCAGCUCAGCCAAUGAGAAGCUGUUGCUGCCCUGAACUGUUACUUCCCCCCAACGGACUUCCGUUUAGAACAGCCCUUCCCACUCCCCCUUUUCUCUAUAAAAGCAGAUCCCGCGUUUGUUUUCUGGAUUUGUCUAUGGUUCGCCAUAGCAUGCACAUCCGGAAGUGGAAUUUUGUUGGCUAUUCCGGAAUAGCCCCGCCCCUCUAGGAGAUGGCACCGCAUCACCCCCCCUCCCCCAUCUGGCCAAUCCCGUUCGGUAACACGGAGGGUCCCGCCUCUGCCAGAUGGUAGGCCCGUCCCUCCAGGAGAUGGCCCCGCCCUGUGCCCCGCCCCCCCCCCCGGCGGCGCAGGGGAAGCCCGGCA